CUGCCUUUCUGCUUAAGUCCUGAGAACACAGCUGAAAAUGUCCACUGCUGGUAAGGUCAUUAAGUGCAAGGCAGCAGUAGCCUGGGAGCCAAACAAGCCUUUGGUGAUUGAGGAGAUUGAGGUUGAUCCACCGCAGGCCAAUGAGGUUCGCGUCAACAUUGUGGCAACUGGCCUCUGCCGUACAGACCUCUACUAUCUGUAUGAGACUGACAAUACAAAUAUCUUCCCAAUGGUCCUUGGCCACGAGGGAGCAGGCAUUGUGGAGAGCGUCGGUCCUAAAGUCACAGAAUUUCAACCAGGUGACAAUGUGAUCCCCCUGAUCAUCUCCCAGUGUCGAGAGUGUCGCUUUUGUAAGAGUCCUAAAACCAACCAGUGUGAAAAUGCAUGGGAUAUUGUUCCUCACAAUGUGGAAAAAGCACCUGUCUCCAAGCUAAACUGCAAGGGAAAGAAGUUGCUGCAGUUUAUGGGAAUCAGUACCUUCUCAGAGUACAGUGUGAUAAAUCAGAAUGCUCUGGCCAAGAUUGACCCCGCUGCCCCCCUGGAUAAAGUCUGUCUCCUCGGCUGUGGGGUUUGCACAGGGUUUGGAGCCGCAGUCAAUGAUGCUAAGGUUGAACCGGGCUCUACCUGUGCCGUGUUUGGCCUGGGAGCCGUCGGGUUGGCGGCAAUCAUGGGUUGUAAAUAUGCUGGUGCCAAGAGGAUUAUUGCUGUCGAUGUCAAUGCAAACAAGUUUAAGAAGGCCGAGGAGUUUGGAGCCACUGACUGUGUAAACCCCAAGGAUCACAGCAAAACCAUCAGCCAAGUGCUCUUUGAGAUGACCAACGGUGGAGUCGACUACUCCCUGGAGUGUGUGGGGGAUGUAGAACUCAUGCGCCAUGCACUGGAGUCCUGUCUGCAAGGCUGGGGUGUGAGUGUGAUUGUUGGUUGGACAGACAAGCAUGACGUUUCCGUUCGUCCUGCUCAGCUCAUUGCUGGGCGCACAUGGAAGGGCUCUGUGUUUGGAGGCUUUAAGGGUAAAGAUGGAGUGGCUGAGAUGGUGCGAGCCUACCUGGAUCACAAGGUGAAGAUAGAUGAGUUCAUAACUCAUAACUUGCCUUUGGAUCGCAUCAAUGAAGCCAUUGAAUUGUUGCAGGCGGGCAAAAGCAUCCGGACAGUCCUGAGUUUCACUCCACAAUAAGUCUUUAUAAUGGUUUCGAAUAACUCCUUGAAAUCUUAAAUAUAAUUAACACUUUUUUUAACUGAUUUUUAUCAAUUAAGACUUUACAGAAAUCUUGAAUGCUUUCUCUGUAAACACGAUAGAUGAAUAAAUAAG